AUGGCGUCGAAAAGUAAGAGGCAGAAAGGAAAUUUCCGAUUUGAAAUGAAAGAUUUGACAUUUGAAGCUCGAGUCUGUAUGUUCAUGUUUCAGCAGGAGAAGCAAAGAGAAAAGAGAAAGAAAUCACUUCUUCACAGACUAGUCUUCCUGGCUAAAAUAACCCCCGAACUGGUUAACACAAGGGAUCUGGGAGGAUACUAUGAAAGCUUCUUGCAGAAACUCCAGCGCUGUCAUCAAGAGGGGAUCACAGGGCUCCUGUUGCUGUAUCCGAGCUAUGUUAUUCAUGUGUUAGAGUCUUCCAGUGAUGUGCUGUAUUCAGUGAUUCACGAUCUAAGAGACAUGCAGCAUCAACAAGAAAGAGCUUUACUUUUGGAGGCCAAAAUUCUGGUGAUGUCUCACAACGUUCCCAGCAGACUGUUCCAGCAUUGGGAAUACAAUCUCCUGACUAUAACUGCUAAACGACUGGAUGAUACAUUACAGGGGGAGUCAGUAGAGAGGGUGGUCCGUGAAUGCCUCACUGCGCUUCUGAAGUUGGGAAUGCAUCUUCAAAAAGCUUACAAGGAGUUACCAAACAAAGCAGCCAAAUCUGUGCUGGACAACGUACCAGAACUGAUUGUUCCCCAGGCGCUGAUUCGAUGUCUCCUGAAGUCGAAUGAACUUUUAACUCCUGCCCAAUUCCUGAGCAUUUACAAUGCUUCCUUAAGCAUAAUCAUGGAUUCAGAACUUGUAUGGCCUAAGCCGGAACAUUUACUACCUGAGAGCAGAAAAUGACAUUGGUUGUUAAACAUGGAGAGAACUCAUCAGUGAUGGAGAUUCUGCAGUUUGGUUCAAAAUUGAAAGUGCAGUGAUUACCAAGAAUUAUUAAUGGAAAAAUGGGAAAGUGUAAAGUUUGAAGUGAACACUACUUACAAAGAAAAAUAAAUGAAUGGUACAAUCAAA